CGGUUGGGGUGCUAUUUGCCCAUUUCUCUACUCCUUUCUUUUCCCUUAACGGCUUAACCUGCGAGAGGGCAUGGCACAACAGAGCAAGGAACCGUGCAAGAAAGAAGCCUGUGACAUUCAAGCGUGUCUCACCAAGAACAACUUCCUCUCUCACAAGUGCCUUCAAGUCAUUGAGAAGCUGCAAUCUUGCUGCGAGAAGUGCAAUUACAACUCAACACAUUGUGCUUCUGUUUCUGCCCUUCUGAAGCAAAAGCCGAAAUAAGAUUCCCAAACUCCGAUGGUAGUUUUUUUUUUAAAGUCCGGGUAAUUAUCAAGAAGCUGACAGUACUUACACAAUGGAGAGAAAUAAAAGUUUCAGACGAAUUAAAUUUUCUGAAAAAAGCCUGAAAGAGUUGUGUCGAUGGACACACUGUGUGUUGCAGGCAAAUUAUAACGGACAUCCACACAUCAUGAUCUUGAUAUGAUAUAGAAGAUUUUAUGUGAUACUGCAGGUUACUUGAUAGAUUAUACUGACUAGUUACAGAUUGCUUGACAAUAUCCAGAAAAAGCUGUUCAUGUAUUUGUUUGCUUUGUACCAGUUAUCCCUGGUGAAGGCAAGUCGGAUUUUAUCUUUGCUCCUGAAACUUUUUGUUCAAUGAGAUCAAGUUUGUUUUUUCUUUGUGUUCA